UUAUUGCUUCAACUACUCUUUAGUGUUGGCUGUGCACCUUUUGCAACAUGGAGCUUUCAGAUGAUAAUAUGGUUUCUUCGUAUCAGAACAAAAAGCUUGAUCCAGAGAGUCAUUCUGUCGAAUUUUCCGGUGAGGUGAAUGAUUCUCCAAUAGAGCAAGUCCGUCUCACGGUGCCAAUAACAGAUGAUCCAACAUUGCCAUGCUUGACAUUUCGGACAUGGGUUUUGGGCAUCACUUCAUGUGCUAUUUUGGCAUUCUUGAACCAAUUCUUUGGUUACCGCCAAAAUGCACUCUAUGUAUCAUCAGUUUCAGCUCAAAUUGCUGUACUUCCAAUCGGAAAUUUUAUGGCAGUAUAUCUGCCAAAGAGAUCAAUCCGUAUCCCAGCAACAAAAUGGUCUUUCUCACUAAAUCCGGGACCAUUUAACUUGAAAGAGCAUGUCCUCAUCACUAUUUUUGCCAAUUCGGGGUCAAGUCCCGUUUAUGCAGUGGGUAUCAUCACUAUAGUGAAGGCAUUCUACCACUGGCAAAUUCAUCCUCUUGCUGCUAUGUUGUUAACGCAAUCAACCCAGAUGCUUGGGUAUGGAUGGGCUGGUAUUUUUCGAAAGUUUUUGGUUGAUUCACCAUACAUGUGGUGGCCUUCCAAUCUGGUUCAGGUCUCCCUCUUUAGGGCAUUGCAUGAUGUUGAGGUUAGGCCUAAAGGAGGCCUAACUAGGCUGCAGUUCUUCAUUGUGGUCCUUGUAUCAAGCUUCUCAUACUACAUUGUUCCCAACUAUCUUUUUCCAUCCAUAACUGCCCUCUCCUUUGUUUGUUGGAUAUGGAAGGAUUCAGUCACAGCCCAACAACUCGGUUCUGGCCUUCAUGGUCUUGGCAUCGGCUCGUUCGCCCUUGAUUGGUCAACUGUAGCUGGUUUUCUAGGAAGUCCCCUAGCCACACCUGGAUUUGCUAUCAUUAACAUAUUGGUUGGUUACAUAAUGAUUGUCUACAUGGUGAUCCCUAUUUCUUAUUGGACCAACUUAUUCGAAGCCAAACGUGUCCCAAUUUUCUCUUCACAUGUGUUCAAUGCCGAUGGAGGAGAAUACAAUGUCUCACUAGUCUUGAAUGAAACAACAUUCCAAUUCAAUCGACAAGGAUACGAUGGUUAUAGCAGGAUUUAUGUCAGUAUCUUCUUUGCAUUUGCUUAUGGUCUAAGCUUUGCAACAUUAGCCGCAACAAUAUCCCAUGUUGCUCUCUUCUAUGGGAGUACGAUUUGGCAACAAACCAAGGCAUCAUUCCAAGACAAGUUUGGAGAUGUACACACUAGGCUGAUGAAGAAGAACUAUGAUCCUGUUCCUCAGUGGUGGUUUUAUGCAAUCUUGGUGGUGGUAAUUGGAGUAGCUUUGCUUACUUGUGAAGGGUUUGGUAGACAAUUGCAGCUUCCUUACUGGGGUGUGCUACUGGCAAUUGUUUUGGCUCUGGUCUUCACCUUGCCUAUUGGGGUGAUCACAGCUACCACAAACCAGCAACCUGGACUAAAUGUUAUCACUGAGCUGAUUAUCGGCUACAUGUAUCCGGGGAGACCUCUUGCCAAUGUAGCCUUCAAGACCUAUGGAUACAUAAGCAUGACACAAGCAAUAACGUUCCUUUCGGAUUUCAAGCUAGGCCAUUACAUGAAAAUCCCACCAAAGUCCAUGUUUGCUGUUCAGUUAGUAGGAACAGUAGUUGCAUCCUCGGUCUACUUUGGCACAGCUUGGUGGCUCCUCAGCACAGUGAAGGACAUCUGCAACACAUCGAAAUUGCCAGAAGGAAGCCCAUGGACUUGUCCUGGCGACGAUGUUUUCUACAAUGCAUCAAUUAUCUGGGGUGUGGUUGGCCCCCUUCGCAUGUUUGGCCACCUUGGCGUAUACCCUGCAAUGAACUACUUCUUUCUCAUCGGCUUUCUUGCGCCACUGCCUGUUUGGUUCUUAUCCCAGAAAUUUCCCGAGCAAAGAUGGAUUAGGCUCAUAAACGUACCAAUCAUUUUAAGUGGUGCAGGAGGUAUGCCACCAGCCAGGGCUGUGAACUACAUUUGUUGGUUGACAGUGGGCAUCUUCUUCAACUUUGUUGUGUAUAGGAGAUACAAAGGGUGGUGGGCUAGGCACAACUACAUUCUGUCAGCUGGACUAGACGCUGGUGUUGCAUUCAUGGCCAUUCUGUGCUAUUUCACAUUGCAGGUUAGGGACAUCAAUGGAAUGAGGUGGUGGGGCUUAGACUUGGAUGAUCAUUGCCCUCUGGCACAUUGUCCUACUGCCCCAGGUAUAGAGGUUAAGGGGUGUCCUGUCUUCAAUUGACAUUUUUUUUUUUUUUUCUCGGUUAGGUAAGCACUCAUACACACAUUUCACAAAUUGCCGACAACGGGGCUUGAACCUCUUUCCUCCCCUUUUGGGAGAGGAAAGGUUAUGCCAAUGAACUAAUGGUCAUUGGUUUGUUAUUUUCUUCUUAUGCGCUGUAAUAGAAAGAUUUUAUA